AUGAAUCAAAAUGAUCCCUUUGAGUCUGCGUUCAGCUCAAUGGUUUCUUCUCCAGCUGCGUCGAAUGGUGACAACGUUGGUGUAAGAGAACUUAUUGGUAGAAUAGGCAAUUCUGAAGAAAUUUUGCCUCGUCACCCAUAUAUUAGUACUUCAUGCUAUAGCGGCCCUGUUAAUUCUCUUCCCGAGCUCAAACUGUCAAUGCUGGAUCAUCAGAUCAAUUUCCCAAUAAAUGGAAAUCGAUUUUCAUCUUCUCCCAGUUCAGAACCAUUUUCUGCGGAUCUGGGAUUUGCAGACAGGGCUGCUGCAAGGUUUUCUUGCUUUGCUAACAAGAAAUUAGUGGCCCCUCGUGCCCAACUCAGAUCAAAUGAAGCAACAAAUUUGAAAUCUGGCAAGAAUUAUACUUGUGAUAAGAAAUUCAGUACCCCUGAAAAUGCAGAAUUUUGUGAAUUUAGGGAGAAUUCUUCGAUCUCUGAACAGAUCCCAGGUAGGGAAAUUGGUGCAAAUGAUGACAGAAAGAGGAAAGCAAUUCCAAGGGGAAAAGCAAAAGCAAUCCCUUCAUCGAAUUCUGCCAAUGUUUCAUCAGGAAAUAGUGAACCAAGUGCAAAAAGAAGCAAGUCAAAUGAUGAUCAAGGUGCAGCAGAGCCUCCAAAGGACUAUAUUCAUGUUAGAGCCAGAAGGGGCCAGGCUACAGAUGCCCAUAGUCUUGCUGAAAGAAUUAGAAGAGAGAAGAUCGGCGAAAGAAUGAAGCUCUUACAAGAUCUUGUGCCAGGUUGCAAUAAGGUUACUGGAAAAGCUGUUAUGCUCGAUGAGAUUAUAAACUAUGUGCAGUCUUUACAGAGACAAGUUGAGUUCCUUUCAAUGAAAUUGGCUAAUGUCCAUCCCACCAUGGAAAUAAAUAUGGAAGCUCUUUCGUCUAAGGAUAUGUAUCAAUCAAUUUAUCAGAACCUACAACUGUCACGUACCUAUAACUCGCAUGGUGUCAUCCCUAGUCGAAUGGAUGUAACCUUCCCAACAAACCAUUUCGAUGAUGCCACUGGUCGAACUCAGAGCAAGCAGCAGCUUCCUGUGAACAACUCUAAUGAAGUGGUUUCAACGUUCUGGGAUGAUGAUCUCCAUAGCCUUGUUCAGAUGGGAAUUGGUCAAAAUCAGACACAAAUUUUUCAUGGUUAG